CAUUAGAGCAACAAUGCCCGCCAAAGUUAUAAUAAUUUGCAUUGAAUACGGCUCAUGGAUAGUACGGCGUUUCAACUUAGCCUUGCUCUACUGUUUCCUUUGGCCUUAUUCAUAUAUUCAUAUCCACCUUCAAUGAGUGAUGCAAGUUUGAGUCACGUGGCACCCUGCGAUUGAUGAUGCAAUAUGUAUAAUGACGUAACAAAAGCUGCAGAUGUUGACAACGCUUUCACCUGAAAGCAUUUUUUGUAAUUUGAUAAAUUCUUUGACUAAACAAACCAAUGUGACGUACGCGUAAGGAAUAGAUGUGUGGCUCUUUACUGUCUAAGCUGUCGCAUCCCCCCGCACUUUUAGUCUCACCGCCUCAUUUGCGAUGUCUCAGGCGGACCUUAAGUCGUACAGACCUUGUCACUACGGAAGCUGAGAGCGGUUGCUGGGAUGAGCCACAAGAAACGGCGUCAAACGAGGACAUGGAAGAAAUGGUGGAGUGGUACGAGGCGACACCUUCGGAUAACUCGACCGCCAUCAAGGAGGUGCUCGGUGACAGCGCCACAACAAUUACAGGACUAGAGAGCUCGACGCAAGACGAACUCGAGAUCGACACGCAGUACUUAGUGUCAGAGGACAGUAUGUCGUGGGGGUAGACUCGACACCGUGCGGCCCAAGACGCGUGGAUUUUUCUUAGGGUUACCUAGCUACGACGCGCGGGGAGCAGCAAAUAGGAAAGUAAAUAAACGUCUAGCUUGCAAAUGAACGAGAUGUUUAUGCGACUAUGCAUACUAAAAAAUCCAGCAUUUGUCACGCAAACUUUGUCGUACUAAACCAUCCAGCUAUUGUCAAAUAAACUUUGUGUUUAUUGAUUUUAAGACUUGGCAGCUACUUGAAAAGGUCUAGAAAACUGCCCAUAUCUAAUAAACGCCCCUUAUCUAAUAAACGCUCAAUAUCUUAUGAACCCCCCCCCCCCUUAAGCUUACAACGAUAUAGGAAUUCCGAUAAUAUAAAUCAAAUUCGAUUGCGUUCUUGUUUAAUCUGAGCUUGGCUUCUACUGGGUGAGACUUGCUCAUUGUCAAGAAACGUCCAGGGGGAAAUGUGUUGUAAAAUAAAGACACGGUCUAAGAAAUAAAUAGCUAUUAUUGUUGAAAAUUUAUCACUAUACCAUUGUGAAAACACUUAAUUUUGAAUGAAAAAAAAAAACAUUUUGGCGGUAGUAUCAUGGUAAAAAAUAAGAACACAACAAGAACAAUAGAAGCGAACGUUAGGAUUUGCAAAACUGUUUUAUUGGAUUUGCGAGUGUGCAUGUGGUGAAAUAAACAGAAUCCUCACACCCCGCUAUAUAUUACACAGUGCCGAGACCAUAACCAAGAGGCGCACAUGGAUAGGCCUCGCAACAUACAGAAAUCAGCUUGUCAUGCCUUUACCAAGCCGCCAUCGCCUUCGCUGACGAACCUCUUCCGUCCCCUAAAGACAGAUGAUCACGUGAUGAGUGUACAUGAUACGUGGUGGGUACACGAUACAAGAGCGAAGAUACAAGCACGUGAUAUCAACAAACACAAGACACAUGCACGUUAUAAUUACCAACAAGGAACUAUUGAGUAUGACAAUGAGCGCAGAUGCUGACCGAAAAUUGACAAUUGCAGGCUCUCCCUAGGGGAAACCACUCACCCAUAGCGCGAGAUUUAGAUCUACGAAGAUGUCCGAAUGUUUUUCUCUUGCUAGUAAUCCUAUGCACGUCUUCAGAAUGUCUUCUAAAUGAUUAAACAAGUGUGUUUGA